AUGGAUCGCAAUACCAAGUACCACCAUGCCAAUGCAAAUAAAAGGAGAUCAAAUAACAACAUUGUAGCUCUUAAGGAUGAAAAUGGAAACUGGUGUACAUCAAGAAUUGAUUUGGAAAAUUUACUUACAGAUCAUUACAAAAUGUUGCAUACUACUAGUUCACCAGUAAGAGAUGAACAAAUACUUCAGUGCAUCCCUAGUGUUAUAACUGCUGAACAAAAUGGUGACCUUAUGAAGGUACCAGAUGAAGCUGAAAUUCUUAAAACAUUAAAAAGUAUGAGGUCAUGGAAGGCGCCAGGACCAGACGGUUUUCCACCGUGUUUUUUCAAGUCACAUUGGGAGAUAGUUGGGUCGGAUGCAGUGAAUACAUUUCAACAAUUCUUUCGCACAGGGUUCAUGCUAAAGUGUUUAAACGCCACCAACAUAACUAUUGUCCCAAAGACGAAGAAUAAACAGUUUCCUUCUGAUUUGCGCCCUGUUGCUUUAUGCAAUACAAGUUAUAAGCUCAUAUCAAAAAGCCUCUCUCUAAGGAUGAAGAAGUUAAUGGGGAAAAUUAUCUCACCUCUACAAGCAGCGUAUGUGCCAGGACGACAGAUCUCAGAUAAUAUCCAAUUGGCUCAGGAAAUUGUCCAUACCAUUGUAGAUGACCUACAUAAUGCCAAUAAUGCUCUACAGAUAAUUGAAGAUUUCGGAAAGGCCUCCGGGCAACUGUGCUUUAAUCACCUGUAUGACAGAGUUCAAAAUCGCUUGUCAGCAUGGAAUGGAAAGACUAUGUCUCAAUGUGGCAAAUCCCUGAUGAUAAGAACUGAUACAAACACAAUUCCUUCAUACUCAAUGAGUUGUCUUCAAAUACCAGCUGAAAUUAUCAAGAAAAUCAAUGCAGCACAGAGAGAUUUCUGGUGGGGUUAUGAAGAACAUAAAGGUACUUAUUAUACUUCAUGGAAAAACUUUAAUCUACAUAAAGAUGAAGGUGGACAAGGUUUUCGAGAUUCAAAAGUUUUAAAUCAAGCUCUUUUAGUCCGAGAAGCAUGGAGACUGUGUACUAAUAGAGAGGCAGAAUGGGUGAAAGCUAUGCAAGCAAAGUAUUAUUCUGGAACAAGCUUAAUUCAUGCAACACAUAAGAAGAACUACUCAUGGGCAUGGAAUGGAUUACAAAAGAAAAUACCUUUCAUAAAACAGCAUAGUCGCUGGAGAAUUGGACAAGGUAACCAAGUCAAAAUCUGGGUUGAUGUAUGGAUUUUGGGGUUAGAUCACCCACCAGAACCCAGAAGUGAUGCAGCAGACUCAGAAAGUUUCAUAUGGGUUAAAUAA